GCCGCGGCCCCCGCCGUCUCCGGGCGCGCCCAGGAGUUCGCUUAAGAAGAUGGCAGUGUUCACCCCAAGAAAGCGGAAGCGGAAUUUUUUGAACUGUGACAGUCUGUUAUCAGACAUUCCAUCACAGGAAUUAAUUUUGAACCUCACUGAAAGUCUAUUUCCAUCACCUAAAAAGUACAUUUGUCAGAACGGUGAUAAAAAAGAAGAUGGAGGACAUUGCUUUCCACAAGACCAUUUGAUUUCAAGUCCACGCAAAACAACUACAAAAACCGGAUUGUCAUCUGCAAGUCACAUCUCGCCAUUUAAAUCUGCUGUGUCCACCGUGUCUUUUUACAACAAAGAUAAGUUGUACCUCAAUCCACUGGAGAGAAAGCUGAUAAGAGAGAGUAGAUCUCGUCUGCAGACUAAUGGUGAAGAUAAACCUAUACUCCUUGUGCCUGAAAAACUGCAAGGAAAACCAGUCCCUAUCAAAAAGAAGAAGAAAAAAACACAGAAGAGUUUAACUGCUAAGUGUCAACGAAGUUAUACACACAUCAAGCAUGUAUCAAGAGAGUCUGGAAAUUCCAAGCAAAAUCAAAUGACAAAUAAGCCUUUUGUGAAGAAAGAACGUAAUUGUUAUCUAGCUGAAAGUAAUCCCAAUACUCCGCGGGUUCUAAGCCAAAAGGUAAAACCACAGGUUACACUCCAAGGUGGAGCUGCAUUUUUUGUUAGUAGGAAAAAAAUGUCUCUUAAAAAAUUGUCACUAGACGACCCAAUAUCACCAGGAGUCACACAAAAAAGCAGACCAGAAACAAUCAGAGAUUCUGAUUCAGAGGUUGUAUGUAAGAGAAAAACUUUGGUGGAGAAUCAAGUGUUGGAGUGCUCGUUACUAGAAGAGAAUGGUGAACUACUACCUGCAAGAAGUACAAACAAAGAGAAAUUCAUAAAGGAUUCAUCUGGUGCAGUAGUUUCUUCAAAGAAAUAUAAACUCGAUGAAGGUAACAAUUUUCCUUCAGAGAAUUCUGUUGAAAACAAGACAAUUUCUCCUGAGUCGACUGUCUACCCCAUCUUUAAUGUGUCUUCAGUCAGUGCAAAAAGAUCUACAGCUGAAGAACAGACUUCUUUGGGAUCCAUGAGUGGUAUUAAGUGCUUGAAACAGGCUAAUCUUCAGAAAAAUAUAAACAUAAGAGAUACGAAUAAAGAAACAAAAGACCAGCUCAUCAUUGAUGCAGGUCAGAAACAUUUUGGGACUACCAUGUGUAAGUCUUGUGGCAUGAUCUACUCUGCUGCCAACCCUGAGGAUGAACUGCAGCACGCCCAGCACCACCAGAGAUUCCUGGAGGGAGUCAAGUACGUGGGCUGGAAAAAAGAGAGAGUGGUUGCGGAGUUUUGGGAUGGAAAAAUUGUGUUGAUUCUGCCGCAUGAUCCAAGUUACGCCCUGAGAAAGGUAGAAGAUGUAAAAGAACUUGUGGAUCAAGAGUUGGGUUUCCAGCAAGCCAUUCCCAAGUGUUCAGAUAAAACCAAAACUUUUCUCUAUGUAUCUGAUGAAAAGAGAGUAGUUGGGUGUUUAAUUGCAGAACCUAUCAAACAGGCCUUCCGUGUCCUGUCAGAACCACCUGACCCAGAAUCCGCAAGCUCUAAAGAAAGUCCUAGAGCUUGGCAGUGUUCGAAUGUGCCAGAACCUGCCAUCUGUGGGAUCAGCAGGAUCUGGGUUUUCAAACUGAAAAGAAGGAAGCGCAUUGCAAGACGACUGGUGGACACUGUCAGGAAUUGCUUCAUGUUUGGCUGUUUUCUCAGCACCAAUGAAAUAGCAUUUUCUGACCCAACACCAGAUGGCAAGUUAUUUGCAACCAAGUACUGCAAUACCCCUAAUUUCCUUGUAUACAAUUUUAAUAGUUAAAGCCAAUUCUAAUGAUAAAACUGAUGUGGUGUAGCUAAGUUCAGCUAGUUUAUCAGUCAACAUUAGCUAACAUCAAAAUAAAAAGUGAGGCAUGCAUCUCUGCCAAAUGUCGUACCUUGAGUUAGAAAGUCAGAGUAAAUUCACUGGAAACCACCUAAACUUCCCAGAAAGAGAAAAGUAUUGGACAAUACUGAAUAGCACUCGAGUUCUUCAUUGUGAAACAUUAUAGCUAUAAGUAAAAAUCACUUGCUUUCUCUGUGAGAGCCUUGACUUUUUCUACAGAAAUGGGGUCACUUGUCCUUUAAGAACUGUUAAACUUUUAAGCUAGGAUUAAUUCCUGUUCAUCAGAAGCCAAGAGGCAAAUUAAAUCCAGGCCAGUAAUUUACCUACUUAGGUUUUCAAGCUAAUGCCUCCAUUUGCUAUAAGGAGUUCUUACAUAGGCACAGAUCUGUAGCCAUGUAAUUGAAGGUAUUUAGGUGUCUUGAAUUUCAGUUUAUUCAGUAAGACUUGAUGGUAAGGAAUGAGUAAAGUAUCCCAAAUCUACAUAUGUAGAACAGAAUUUUGUAGUUGUGUUUUGAUCUUUUUACAGAUCAUUCAAAUGCACACUAGAUUAAAAUUUAAGUUCUAUUCUGCACUGUUGUCAUUCCAUUAAUUUCUGUCAAAUGAAAAGUGUUGGCUGUGCUACCUCAGAGGACUUGUCACUUAGAACGGAGGCCAUUCACAGAAUGGAUGCCCCAUUGCAUCCGAUGGCUCAAUGGUGGAC